CCUGCUGGUCGCGUGGCUCCGGCUGUGUCCUCAGCCGGGGCUUCCCGCCCUUCCUGGAGCCGGGGGUCCGCGUGCGAACUUAGACCCCGCCACCUCGGGGCUCUUCUCUCGGGGGAAGAUACCCCGGGGUGGUGCGGGUCUGUGCUGCGGGGGCUGGCUUGGUGGUGUUGGAGUUGGCUGUUACUCAAGCGUCUCUCACUCCCCCCCGCCAGAAGUCUGACCCUCUCCUCCCCUGGGUGGGCCCCCACCUCCAGCACCUGCAGCCACCUUUCCCCAAGCCCCGGAGACCGCAGGUUCCCACUGCAUUAGAGCAGCUGUCAACACAGUUCUGUACAUUGCGCAUCUUAGGCCGCCGGGUCCUGGGACCUAUGGGGGAAAUGAAUAAAGCCAGGGGAAGUAAUGACCUUGUUGAGAAAGGAGAACGAGGACCUAUGUGGCCUUCACGUGAGUGGGACGAGCAGUGUCAGCUGUGGCAAGCCGAGGCGUGCGAAUUGACGCGCACCUGAAAGGCAAAGCGCACGGAGAGACUCACGGUUCUCCUUUUUUGGUUGUCUGGAAACAAAGCAGGCCAAGUGUGGGCGCCCGAGGGAUCCACGGCUUUCAAGUGUCUGCUCUCGGCGCGCCUGUGUGCGGCUCUUCUGAGCAACAUUUCUGACUGCGAUGAGACGUUCAACUACUGGGAGCCAACGCACUACCUCAUCUAUGGGAAGGGAUUUCAGACUUGGGAAUAUUCCCCAGUGUAUGCCAUUCGCUCCUAUGCUUAUUUGUUGCUUCAUGCCUGGCCAGCUGCAUUUCAUGCAAGAAUUCUACAAACUAAUAAGGGCUGUAUGCAAGAAGUUUGGGCUGCAUGUGAGUCGAAUGAUGCUUGCCUUCUUGGUUCUCAGCACUGGCAUGUUUUGUUCAUCAUCAGCGUUUCUUCCUAGUAGCUUCUGUAUGUAUACUACGUUGAUAGCCAUGACUGGAUGGUAUAUGGACAAGACUUCGAUCGCUGUUCUGGGAGUAGCAGCUGGGGCUAUCUUAGGCUGGCCAUUCAGUGUGGCUCUUGGUUUGCCCAUUGCCUUUGAUUUGCUGGUCAUGAAACGAAGGUGGAAGAGUUUCUUUCACUGGUCACUGGUGGCCCUUAUUCUCUUUCUGGUGCCUGUUGUGGUCAUUGACAGCUACUAUUACGGGAAGUUGGUGAUCGCACCGCUGAACAUUGUUUUGUAUAAUGUCUUUACUCCUCAUGGACCUGAUCUUUAUGGUACAGAGCCCUGGUAUUUCUAUUUAAUUAAUGGAUUUCUGAAUUUCAACAUAGCCUUUGCUUUGGCGCUCCUGGUUUUGCCACUGACUUCUCUUAUGGAAUAUCUGCUGCAGAGAUUUCACGUUCAGAAUUUAGGCCACCCAUAUUGGCUUACCUUGGCUCCAAUGUAUAUUUGGUUUGCAAUUUUCUUCAUCCAGCCUCACAAAGAGGAGAGGUUUCUUUUCCCCGUUUACCCACUCAUUUGUCUCUGUGGCGCUGUGGCUCUUUCUGCACUUCAGAAAUGUUACCACUUUGUUUUUCAACGAUACCGCCUAGAGCAUUAUACUGUGACAUCCAAUUGGCUGGCGUUGGGAACAGUUUUCCUGUUUGGGCUCUUGUCUUUUUCUCGUUCUGUGGCACUGUUCAGAGGCUAUCACGGACCCCUUGAUUUGUAUCCAGAAUUUUACCGAAUUGCUACCGACCCAGCCAUCCACACCGUCCCAGAGGGCAGACCCGUGAAUGUCUGUGUGGGGAAAGAGUGGCAUCGGUUUCCCAGCAGCUUCCUGCUGCCUGAUAAUUGGCAGCUUCAGUUCAUUCCAUCAGAGUUCAGAGGCCAGCUACCGAAACCUUUUGUAGAGGGACCAUUGGCCACCCGGAUUGUUCCUACUGACAUGAAUGACCAAAACCUCGAAGAGCCAUCCAGAUAUAUCGAUAUCAGUAAAUGCCAUUAUUUAGUGGAUUUGGACACCCCGAAAGAAACACCCCGGGAGCCAAAAUAUUCAUCCAAUAGAGAAGAAUGGAUCAGCCUGGCCUAUAGACCAUUCCUUGAUGCUUCCAGAUCUUCAAAGCUGCUGCGGGCUUUCUAUGUCCCCUUCCUAUCUGACCAGUAUACAGUGUAUGCAAACUACACCAUCCUGAAGCCCCGGAAAGCAAAGCAAAUCAGAAAGAAAAGUGGAGACCGGAGACGAGCAGAACCAACUUACAGGAAGAAUUGAAAACCCCUGCACUGGAUGGCUGUGUUCAGCUGUUCUCCACUCUGGCUUGGCAUGUGAGAACGGGCGAGCCUCUCUCAGGCCAUAUGGGCUUCUCCACCAAAGCUGUUUGGCAGCUCCUAGCAGACCUUCUUGUUCAAUCCUAGUGCUGAAAAUGAGCACAGCUUAGUUGCCAACCCACAUGUCCUUUUCCCCUCCAGCAAGACUAAGCUUCUGUAAAGCACUCCCCAGGACGAGGACCCUGUCCUGGAGCUAUCUCAGGAAAACGGCGACCAUUUGUGGAACUGUGACCUGAUUUUAUUAUAUCUGAUGCCUCUGAUUUCCAUUUUAUUUCCUUAACAACUAACAGAAACCACAUGGUGGGUUUUUUUUGUUUUCCAUUUUAGCAUGCUAUUUCUCGAAUUCUAGACUCCUCAUAUAAAAGUAUCAACAGACCAAAGUAUAGCUGUGUAUGGCAUACUUGGAGAAAGUUAAUGCCAUCAAUUGGUAGAUGUAGAUGGCAUCACGUUUUUAACUUACGCAUUCUGAGGCUAUUUCUGAGGACACUGGGAAUUUCCUUUCUUAAAACAACCCUAGUGAAAAGGACCCGUGUAGGUUUGCAGCACUUAUUUUUUAGUUCCAUCUAUUGCAAGGCACACCCUGCAUGGGGCUCUCCUAAUCAAAUAGGCAAUGAUAAAGACCUAAUUAAAGUGUCAUAAGUAUAUAGUAUUACUUUACAAACAGUAUUUCAUAAUUUACAAGGCACUUUCAUCGCAUCUUGUUUGAUCCUCACGACCACAGUCUGAGGUAGACAAGACAGGCGAUUUUACCCCCAUUUUACAGAUGGGGAAAUGGAGACUAGGAGGGGGAGGUAAAGUGAUUGCCCAAAGUCACCCAGCCAGUGAGCAGUGGGGGCAGGACCAGAACCUGGGUUGCCUAACUUCUCAUCUCUUGCUGUGCCAUUUUUCCCCACUCAACUGUGAAAAUAUUUGAAAGGAUGACAAGGGUGACCAGAGACCUGACUGAUGUUGUAGCUUUCUAUUUGAAGGAAGAAUCCUACCUGUUUCUCUUUGAGUUCUUGGAGCGUCCAGCCUACCCUGCGGUGCUGUGAGAUGCUGCCUGGCCUGGGGCAGGAAAGCAGUGCUUGUGUUGGGAAGUCAUGAUCCUUUGGAGCCACACAGGAUCCAAAUAUCAAUACUAUUCCUCUCAUCAGUCUGGGGUUACAUCAUAGGUGCCUUAUUCCCCUAAAGGUGACUGUUUCUGAUACUAAAAAUAGGAUGAGUUUAUUUUUCAGAGUUUCCAUCUUUAAUUUUUCAAAGGACUCUCCAAAACGAAGUGAUUCUGAGAGAGAAGACAAGAAGAGGUGACUAGUGAGCACAUUAAAAGGCCCCUCUAUGGGAUCCCCUGUAAAAGCUGAAGCCAUGGUCUAGACAGUAUCAAAUGGUAACUGGAGAGAGAAGAUAGCUCAGGGGCCCACUUGCUUUAAAGAUCUGUGACAUUUAAAUCUCAAUUCUUGAUUUCUGUUUUCCAAGGCAUAUAUUGACAAAUAGGAUCUGGGCACAGGGCAGAAUUGUAGCUAAAGCACCUUGCUUUACUUGUAGUAGUAGUGUUCUGCUCUUCACGGGGACUACGGCCUUCUACUUUUUGCAGGGAUAACUUAGUCCAGCAAUGGAAGUCAGUGGCUUUUUCCUUGUCAGAUUAGUCAGAAUACAAUGCUGAUCUAUUUCAUCAUCUCACUUGUUUGAAAAAGGGGUGGUGGGAGGAGGCCUUCUGAACAAGAACUAUAAUAGAGCACAAUAAAAGGUGAGGAUUGAUGCAGGGAUCCUUUGGGUAUAUCAGCUUCUGUCCCUUUUAAAACCUGAUUCUGAUUUUCUGUGAUAUGUGUCUCUUUAGUGAGGGUGUAAUCCACUGCAAACACUGUCAAGUGCCAUAAGUAAGGGAAACAAAAAUGAUUUUUGUUGUGAAGGUAUUUGUCAUGUGAUAUUCUAUAAACACAUUAAAGAAUCUCCACCUCUUAGCAAUAGAGGGUGGUCAGCAUUGCCUGGGGGAAGAGUUCCAAAACACGUAGUUGGAGUAGCAUUUCUCCUUCAAAGAAUUGUGAUGCAGCAUCAGCUGACUGCUGUUCUUGCUGUAAGUUCCUAAGGAAGGUACUUACGUCUCCGUAGAUUGUUGGGUAUCAAGGUGUGAGGGCCUACAGACUGCUCAUAACAGCCUUUGAUCCUGGGCUGAAUAGGGAGUUCGUGUGCUUGGCACAUCCAGUCUUCUCUGAUGUCUAGCUCUAAAGCAGCUUUAUCUGACCCCAAAUCUUGUGACACUGAGUACCAUUACUGAACCAGUCUGUAUGGAAGGCAUCUAUUAUCAAAAGUUACCUCUCACCUAGUAGGUGUCGUCUGACAAGAAAGAAAAUAGGUCAUUUUGAUCUCCUAGGGUAAUCACAGAAGACUGCAGCCUAUGGUCUUUACUAAUGAAUUCAAGUUUAGAAAGAAACCCCUUGUUUUAAAAACACCUUGGUUCCUUUUUUUUUUUUUUUUAAUGAAAACUGAUUUAUAAUACUGAUUUUAUGUUGUCAACAUUCAAUGAUUCAGUGGUAAAAUAUGCUAGAGGACAAUACUACAAAUAAAUUAAACAGAUCUUUUUGAAAAGUGAAAUAUACUUUUAUUCUUAGGAAAUUUUCUUAUGUAUUGCAUAUGUAGUUUUAUAUUUUGUAUGUGUAAACUUAAUUUUAAAAGACCAUCUAAGUGAUUCAUAUUUACAACUUGACAAAGCACUGAUAUUUAAACACCUUCGUUCUUUAUCCCAACCAUUAAUUUGGGUAAUUUUUGCUAGUUUGGAUUUCUGAGAAAGAGCCUUGAAAAUCUCAUGUGAUUCUGCAGCAUGAGAUAUGGGGUGACUGUCUGGGCAAGGUACCAAUGACAAUCCUUUACUUUUUUGUAUUUCCUGGGAUUUUUUUUUUUUUUUUU